AUGCAGUGCUCAUCUUCUCAAAGCUUUGUUUUGGGGAAGGAGAGGAAAAAUAAUCCACACUAUUUCGUUGAUCUUACUGAAGAUAUUUUAAAUGUAUUUGAUAUUCUAAACUCCAUGUGUAUAUUGGAAAAUUAUAAUGAUUUACUGUUAUAUUUAGAGUCUAAUUUAAUGUCAAUUGACCAUAAGAAACUUGUUGUACCCCCAUUUGAUGUCUUUAUGAUUCUUCUUACAGUCUGUACAAUUACUCCAAAUUAUAAGAAUAAUAUAAUACAAGAAAAUGACCAUUACAAUACUACGUUAACCCUAUUAAACAGACGUGUUCAAAAUAUAUUAAAAAUGUAUAUUAAAAUUGUUAAAGAUUUUAAUACUAGUAAAUAUGAAGUCUAUGACCUGGAGUUAUUAAGGUGUCAACUAUUUUUGAUGGUUGAUAGUUUAAUACCGUCAAAGCAUACCAUAUCUACUAACAAUAAUAAAAGGAAAAAUAAAAAUAAUUCUUUGGAAGAAAAUAAGCUUUUUUUCCCCAAUAAAUAUGAAUCAUAUGUUUAUUGUUUAGAUAAGAAUAUUGAAACCUUAGGUAAUACGCUAUUGCAUCUUGUUUUUCAUAAAUAUGGGGAGUUCACAAAUUGCAUAUUAUGGACCCUUGUCAAUUCAAUGUCUAAUACCAAUGAAAAUUUCUUAACAACUAUUGAAAUAUGGAUACCUUUAUUAAAUAUUAUAUUUGAUAUAUUGGAAUUAAGACAUGAAUAUUUUAUUAUGAAUGAAUUACGUAAGGAAUUGCCAAAAUCUAUAUUUGAUGAAUUAUCGGAAAGCCCACUAGCUAAAUUAUUCAAAAUGUUCGUUGUUUCACAUAAUUUUUCCACAAGAUUCUGUGAAUAUAUUUUUAUAGAAUGUGAAGGUUUAAAGACUUCAAAUUCUCUUAACUAUCGCCCCCAUCCAAUUUAUCAUGGAGAAAAUACUUUUAAUAAUACAUAUGUACAAAGAGUGAACUAUUCUAAAAGAUACAAGCUGGAAAAAAGUUUUAUCUUUAGAAGACGCAUAAUUUCUCUUUGUUAUAAACUUGUAUCGGAUCUUCCACGAUCAAAAAAACUUUUAAGUGAUCCAAGAAUGAACAAGUCUACGCUUACUGAUCAUAUUGUAGAUUCAUUACUCAAAUUGCAAGAUAUUGUUGAAUUCAAAACGUUCUUCAAAAGUGAUGAUCUAUUGCAAGAUAUAGGCUAUUUACCAUAUCUUGCACAGAAAACAUUCUUUGUUAUUAGAGACCAAGUGCUUUACCCAGAAACUCAUAAUCAAUAUCCAACAUUUAAUAGAGAUACAGAAGAAUGUAAUUUUGUGGAAAAUUUCGGAGAAGAUGAUAAAUUCCUAGAAGAAUUAUUAGAUUUAGUUGAAGAAAGUGAGGAUUUAUUUACGAAUUUUAAUGGCCAACCAUUUGAAAAAGCUUUUUUAUUAAUUGAAAAAUCCAAGAUAUGCUUAGUCACAUUAAUAAAAUAUUUUUUAUAUCUAGAAUGUAAUGAUACAAGUGAUUUAAACCAUAUAUUAAUUGAUUCAUUAUUAAAUACUUGUAAAUCUUAUGAUGAAAAAUUACUUAAUAAUAUUGCAGAGUUGGAUUGUAAUAUAUCACCUUUUAGCUUAUUUUCAACUCUAAAUAAUUUAUUUCAUAAGUAA